UCCAGAAGUGCCCUCUCUAUGCACGUUCGGCCCACGCCGUCUCUGAUUUGCUGAGAGUAGAGAGGGGAGUGUGUCCGUGUGUGUCCCACGCUUUCCUAAACUAUCUUUCCUUUCUCACUCUGUGGACUGAAUCUGCCUGACGCCGAAGCUUCCACAGGAGUUUCGAGGACAUCUCCGGAUUUGACUGCAGGUGCCUGUAAGACUGCUGCAUCUUUCUGAUGGCUGCCUCGGUCUCUGACGCCACCAACGUGCCUGUGGGUUUCCACUACGAGACAAAGUAUGUCGUCCUCAACUACCUUGGCCUGCUCACCGCCUCGCGGACACACGCCCACGAUGACCUAUCCUUGGGAGAUGGAGAGAGCAGGAGGGAGAGGAACAGAGUGAUAAAGGGAGAGAUAGAGGAUGAGCUGAGGAAACUAGAAGAUGAGAUCUCAGCCUCCUUCGCCAGCACAGGCUUCGACUGCCACACGUCUCCUGUGUUCAGCCCCGUCAACCCAGAGAGCUCCAUAGAGGACUGUCUGUCUGUUCUGGGGGAGCGAGUGGUCCAGGACCUGGACAGGCACCUGGGCACCGCCACACGCACACUCCUCAGCCGCCCCCUGGACUACGAGCAUUUCCGAGACGCUGUGUUUGAGAUCUCCUGCCACUCUCAGGGAGGCUGGAACAAGGUGCUGGUCCCCCUGGUGCUGCUCCAGGCCCUGCAGGCGGAGGGCCAGAGCCUGGCCAGCCUGCUGCCUCUGGGGGUGCGCUUCCUGGAGGAGGCUGAGGUCUACUACAUCAUCCAGCAGGGGGGAUGGGGUACAGUGUUUAGCCUGGAGGACGAGGAGGAACAAGGUGUGAUCAUCGCUGAGGACAGCAACGACAUCUACAUCCUGUCUGGGGAGCAGCUUCCUGGCCAGCUGAGUCCGCCUGCAUCGCUGCUGGCCGCUGGAGACAGCAGUGAGCCGUGCUCCUGGCAGACGGAGAACUUGCCCGUGUCCCUAGCAGGCCACGAGUCCUGGGCAGAGGUGGGUAUGAUGGACCACCCUGAAGACAUGAAGAGCCUGGACAGCAUCGAAGGCGUGGCCUUGGCGGAGGAACGCAGCGAGAACAACUCCUCCAACUCUGACAUCGUCCAUGUGGAGCGCGAGGAGGCGGAGCUCCUGGAGGGGGGCGGGGUUGAGGAGAGCAUGAUGAGCGUGCUCGGGACCGACAGCGAGCUGGCCGAGCUGAGGGCCGAGUUCAGGGACGUGUCACCGCCACCGCCGCACGCUCCGGAAACCUCGGCAACCGGCCCGUCGUCCCUGGUGUCCCUCGAAGAGCCCGUCGUCAUAGAGACGCCUGUGAGUCUGACGGACGCCGUUCCAUCUGUCGCCGUCGUGCCGGCCCCGGCUGAGGAGGCCCAGACCGCUGCCCCGAUUCUGGAGGUCCAACCUGAGGCUGUCCCAGCCCCGGUGGAGGCUGCGCCCCCAUCCCCGGCCAAGGCCCCCCCAGCACCAGCAGAACCAGAACCAGACCUCUCAGCUCCUCCUGAGGCCACUGUUGCCCCAGACCUGCCCCAGCCUGAAGCCCCGCCCCCGGCAGAGACCGUACCCGAACCGGUGGCUGCCCCCCUCCUGGCCGCGCCCCCCGCCCAGGACCCCCCCGAGACCCCAACGCAGAAGCCCCCCGCGCAGACGGAACCGGAGCCAGACUCUGGAGAGCUCCCCGUGCUGCUGUACGGCGGCGCCGCCCUGGUGGCCAUCGCUGCUGUGGUCGCCUACACGGCCCUGACGUACCGGAGGAAGUAGCCUGGCCGCCCCUGGGUCCUAAACCAACACAUGUUCAUGCCUCACAACAGGCUGGAGGCCUGUACACACCUCUCAGACUAGGAGUGAUGAACUAGGAUCAGCCGUGCCUUUAGAAGAAGAGGCUGAAUGACGAGGCUACAAGCUGAUCCUAGACCAGCGUUCCUCCUCUAAGAUGCUCUGUCAGGACCCAGGGCUGCUGUGUGCCUAGUCAGGUGAAUGCUCACACCUUGGGGGAAACGCACCUCUCUCUGGUUCUCCGCUUCCUGUUCCUGUUGUUUUGCUCCAACUUGGCUCCAGCACUUUCUCUCCGACCUGAACGGACAUUGUAUCUAUUUUUUUCACUCUCAUUUGGCCUAUCUGUUGUUUGUGGGGUUUUUAGUUUGUGUGGGAGAGGGGGGUGGGAUGCUGCCAUGUGAAUGAGCACACUACUGAGGUGUCAUCUCCUCCUCACUCUUAAGCUGCAGCUCGGCUAGGAUGUCUCUCUGUUCUCACGCGCUCUGGGUCUGCAGCCCAGUGGGUCUGGGUGCAGUUUUAGUCUCUUACAAAAAAAUCAUGUUUCAGAGAAGGGAACCAACUCAUACGCAGUAUUCCUAUGUCUAAGAACCGUUAAUAUCAUGUAUGUUUUGCCCGUGAGGAGCAACUGUUAUUUUGUUUUUAGAAUUAGGAGUCCUUUGAAUACCACAUGUACUUAUCCCUGAUGUGCCUGGCAGUUAAAUCAAUUAUUUUGUUAGUAUUUCAAUGUAUUUGAGCCCCUGGUGGAUAAACAGAUGGUCGACACGGCACUUAACAUCACUAUAAACUGUGAAGCAGAUGUUUUAGUUCUCUUGUUUGUUUUGUGCAUCUUUAAAAUGACAUUAAACAUUUUGGCUAAAGUGCGGGAAUGAAAAUACUAUCUAUACUACAAAAUCGAUGCUUUCAAAGCCGUUUAGAGGCAGACCCAAAAGAGACAUGUUUCAUUUGAUCUUUAAAGUACCUCCUUGUUCAAUAAUCGUGAGGAUACUUGGAUGGUAUGUCACGGUAGGACUUGCCGGUUUCUUGCGUAUCACAGUGCUGUCUCCUGAGGGUAUAGCUGAGAGGUAGUGAAAGGGAUUGUUGAGAGAUGUGCACUCCGACGAUGAGAGCUAUGAUGGUCAGUCACAGCUAAAGGGAAAUGCACCCACUGUUUUGAAUUCAUCCUCAGUCAUGUUUUUGGUUUGGUGAUGAAGGUGAAUUUACUUGCGAGUUUCAUUCACCGAGAAAAAUUUAUGUUUAGAGUAUCUGGUGUAGAGCUGUGUAUGUGACUUGUCCUCAAGUGAAGACUAUGUAAACCACUCCUAACAAAUAGCCAGCAUACAUGCAGCACCAUGGUUAAGACUUUUCCUGGUACUGUGCUGUCAGGGAAUGGAAGGCUGGGAAUGACUGCUUCAAGACUUGCUCCUUCUUUCUCCCCUCCUCCAUCUCCUCUCUCUCCUUUCUCUCCUUCUCCAUCUCCUCUUUCUCUGGAAAGACACUCUCUUGUGUUUCCAGCUCCCCAGACGUUUCCCAUUUCACUAACCUCCAAGGGGCUACCCCUCACCUGACUGUCACACUACCCCAGUCAUGUUUGCUGUGGCCAGGCUAUGCAAGCACCUUCUAGCCCCCUGCUGAGCCAGACAACGUAAAUGUACCUCUUCUCAGCCUGUCGACCCACCUAACACUGCCUUGCUAUUCCUCUCAACCUGUACAAACACCAACACACAACCAGCCACAUCCAUCCACUCCACUGGUGGUCUUCAGUAGAUUCAAGACUAGACCUCACAUCCACUUAUGGACAACUACAACUUAAAAGAUUCAAAUAGUUUUCCAUUUGGAUAUUAUCAUACCUGAAGAGUUGAGUUCUUUCACAUUCAAUCUCGGUCCGUUUUGAUUCACUGUGUGACGAAGACAGGCUUGUCUAAAGAGUGAAGCGUCCAACAUCGGUCCUGUCAUUGACAAUCAACAAACAGCUGUCCAGAUCAUGCUCUCUAAGCUCAACUAUGUGAAUCCAAAAACAUCUAUAUACUAGUCCUCAGGUAUGCAGAGAAGACAAAUAUUCAUUUUCUACAGUAAUAUUUUACCUGUAAGGCACAGGAGUGAUAUCUUUUGAGUCCAGGUGGUGAAUUUAUUUGGCCUAAAGUAAUAACUUUCAGCUGAAAAGUGUUCUGUCACCUUUACUGAACUCAUAGUUGCUGCUAAGCAGGCCUGUAUAAAGUAUCUGCUAAUAUUUGGGGAAUGCUUGAUUUAUUUUUGCACAGUGUAGAGUAAACAAUAGAAGUCCUAGAAGUACCUACACAGAGAUUAAUCAAACAGACCUCAAAUACUUGAACAGAUAGGGCUCAGGUUACUGCUUAGACAAGAAACACGCAUGCUUAAGCCUUCUGGGUGAACUAAGCUCUAUGGGUCACAAAUGAAUAGAUGGGUUUCAGCCAUAAUGGUUAUAAACUGUUGCUUUUUCCAUUGACUAGUAAAAGGAAGCUUUCAUAUCUCAAGUGUUGUAAACUGACACGUAUUAAUCUGAAAUGUACAAAAUGGAAACAGUCUGGGUUUCUAAUUCUCUCUGUAUCAAUAUUGAAUUGAUGGAUUUGAACUGAAUGGCUCUCUGAAGCCCCAACAUGGCACUUUGCAAGGCAUUUCCUAAAUGUACAGUUUGAAACCAGAAUAAAUCAAUAAUUUAAA